GUUAAAAAAAUCAUAUAUUAUCUAUGGGUGUAAUUAUAAAUGUGAAUGUGAUGAAUUAAAUAUUGAUGACUAAACAAUUUAAAAAUACUUAGGUAACUAAAAUAAUACAAACUAGUUUUGAAACACCACUUCUUGUAUCUUUUCGGUGUAUCACGCAUAAGAGCUAUUAAGUCCUCAAAAACAGCACGGAUACUAAAGAAGCACGCUACGGUGCCUCGUGUUUAAUUCAGAAUUUCAGACUUCAAACGAUUAUCAAGGCUGUGAUUCAGAUUCGGCUUGAAACUUGUGCUAACAAUACAAUGCCAGCCAGCAGAUUUAACUUAUAUCCUAUGCAUGACGCCAAAAAUAACUUUGAAGCUAUGCGACCUGCGCCCGUAUGCCCCGAUACCAAGACUAUGAUGAUGGGUCACUGCCAGAACAUACACAUUUCAACGAAUUGUUACUACGGUUACCAUGAUGCCAAGGGAUUAGAAAAGGUACUCGCAGACCAAGACUGUGAAAUGGUUGAGGUGUCACAUGUAGACGCCAAAUCAACAUCACCACUAUGCAAUACAAGGAAAAGAAGCGCGGACCACAGUACAUAUCCACAAACAAAACGCCUACGUGAAGAAGUACAAAUAAAGAAAACAUUAGAACCUGAGACAAUAGAGAAAAAGAAACUGGAAAAGUGUUCUGAAGAUACGCUGGAGGAUCUGUAUUGGAACUUGCAUGGCGGCAAUUAUUUUCACCUGCUACAGUGUCCGUGACUAAAAUCAAAUGUGAUAGACAAUAGUGAUCUUGGGACUCUAAAGAAUUUCUAUUACUAUAUGUAUUUCUUAAAGAAAUUGGAAUACUUGAGCAAUAUAUUAAUUAUAUAAGAAGUUUCAUAAUAAAGAUAAAAACUGGGCAAUGGGAGGCUUUUUAUUUUAAAAAAGGAAACUAGUCGUUUAUAUAUUUAUUUAUUCUAAAUAAAUAUUACAUAACUGAAAUAUAAACAGAAUAAUUAAUAAUAAAAAUACACAAAUAUAGUAUUUAAAAUAUGAACUAAAUGAUGAAUUGGAGAAUGUCAUGAUUUGUCACUUCUUCUUAUUCUUAAUCUGGAAAAAAGGAAAAGAAAAUUAAUUUCGAUUUGUUCUGUUUCUCUGUUACAGAUGCAGUAAAAGAAGAUCUAAUUAUUUUUUUUUCAGGGUCACUCAAACAAUAGAACAAACAAAAAAAGUUUGAUGUUUGGGUGUUUGCUCCACUUUAAUUAAAUAUUAAAUUUCACCUUUUUGUUUUUCAGAUGAUUCUUCCAUGUGCAGCCUUGUUGGCACACGGUCAAGCCCAAGCCACUCUGCUUCAGCCUUUAAUGUAAACAUAUCAAAAUGUUAUGUUCCAACCGUGAUAUGUUUUAGAGUUAGGGUUAGAUUUCUUCUUAGGGUUACAUAAACAAGAAGUCAAGCAUUUAAACAAGUUAACUAUAUUUUAUCUGUGAUAUUAGUACCUGCUGAUGAGAAUCUAUGUAAUAAAGUAUUGUUGAAAAUUU